AUGUCUCUCUCAUUCUUCAGUGGCAUGGAUGCCGAGACACGGCAACUAUUCUUGAAGCUGCAGCAAGAGGAUGUUCGUGAAGUCCACACCGACAGGACUGGCGGAGAGAAUACAAGAACCCUCUCGGAUUCCCAGCUGGCCUUUCAACUUUACGAAUCAGAGCUGAAAUCAAUUUCUACUUACUUCUCGGAUCACACCACGACCAGGCGUCAUGGCCAAAGACGUUCCAUUGGGGUUGCGAGUGUUGGCCAUCCUGUCGACCAAGAGCUUGCUGUGACGCCGGGCCUGAACAAUAAGCGGAAGUUCCAGGAGAUGGACGACAUCAGAAUUUCAAUUGAAGAUUUAGAGAUCCCUCCAUUCGAACUUCGGAGCGAGUCACAGAGUGUCAACAAUAGGGUAGUUAUCGACUUGACCGCCCAAGACUCACCUUCCCCUUCGGGCGUAUCUCAGCCGGACGUAUCCUGGGGUUUUGAAGAACUUCAAGAAGACGAACACGUUUGUGUGGCAUGCCUUGUCGGUUUGGCAGAGGCCGAUACUUUCCACGCUCUCUGCGACCAUAAAUAUUGCCAUGGCUGUCUAGGCGAGCUCUUUGAAGCCUCUCUUACCAGUGAAUAUCAGUUCCCUCCCAAAUGCUGCGGAGACCCUAUCCCCAUAGACUUGGAUCAGGAUGGUAUUCCCGCAGAUCUCAUGAACAAGGUCAAAGACAAGGUGAUUGAGCUCUCCACUCCGAACAGAACCUACUGUCGUCUGUCACUUUGCUCAACCUUUAUACCCAAGGAGAGCAUCAAGGAUGACGUUGCGACUUGCCCUUCCUGCAUGACGACAACCUGUACUAUAUGCAAGGGCGCUGAGCACGCGGACUACGCAUGCGAAGAGGAUGAAGCCACUCAGGAAGUUCUCAAGCUGGCCGAGAAGAACUCCUGGAAGAGAUGUCCUACAUGCCGUGCGCUGGUGGAACGAAACGAGGGAUGCCUCCACAUGAACCACAUCAUGUUCACUUAUAGUCCCCUUGUAGCCUGUCGUUGCGGAGCCCAGUUCUGCUAUCGGUGUGGAGUUGAGUGGGCAGACUCACACGUCUGUCCCUGA